GCCGCUAGAAAUAUUGAGGGGUGUGGUGUGAAUGAGUUUUAAAUGAGUAUUUUCUCAGGUACUUGUGUCUCCCUAUACACCGUCCCUUCCACUGCAACUGAUGACUACUGUGUACUACUGUAGAUGAUGGAGUGAGCUAGUGGUGUCAUGUCGAGGCGCUCUAGACUGAGCAGUGUAUGUGUGGACUGCACACGAGAUUGUUCCUAUGAGGCGCAUGCUUCUCUAGUCCUAGGAGUGGCUUAUCUGGGGAACUUGAAGCUGCUCCAACAUUGCAGCUGCUUAUGUGGCAACUACCUGCACAUUAGAGACAGUCUCGGUCGCACUGCUCUCCAUGUGGCUGCCUCCAAGGGUCAUCUGCAACUAGUGCAAUGGCUACUGGAUAACAAGGUUCAACUACACACCUCUGAUCUGGAGUCACGAUGGACUGCUCUACACAGGAGUGUUUAUUAUGGCCAGCUAGGGACAGCAGCACUACUGGUCAAGGCUGGAGGAGACCUUCGUCAGAGGGACCAUGACAACGCUACACCACUCACCAUUCUCAAUAUGGACAGGGAGACCUUCAGUAGCUCUCUGAGUGUGGGUGGUGUGAGUGGCCACAGUUGGGGCAGUAAUACCAACACUACACUAGGCCAUGACCUCUCAGGCAGUACACCUCAGAGACUGGAGCUACCAGACAACCUCUCACCUGCUCAGGUGGUCCUCUGCAAGUUCCACAGUGUGUUCCUGAGUGAGUGUGGGCGUGUGCUGACAUGUGGUCAUGGUCUAGGUGGACGUCUGGGACAUGGCUCAGAGCAAAGUCUAGUGACUCCGUGUGUUGUGAGGACUGUAGAGGGUGUGGCUGUGGGUGUGGCUGCAGCUAGGAACCAUACUGUCAUCCUAACCAAAAGUGGGUCUGUGUACACGUGUGGUUUGAAUGAUGCUCAUCAGUUAGGCCUCGGAUCCAACCCCUCCACUGCACCAUCAUCAGCACUGCUACCUAAACAUAUCAAGUCACUCAAAGCAAAGGCUGUGAUGUUAGUGGGGGCAGGUCGUUAUCACACAGCGCUAGCUACACACACGGAGGUGUUCACUAUGGGCAAGAACCACGGCCAACUGGGCUAUGAGAGGAACUAUGAUACUCAGAUAUCACCCAGAGCUAUACCAGGUGUGGGCCUGGACUGUGAUGAUGUCAUCACUCAACUAUCAGCUAGUGAUGCUGCUACAGCUGUGCUCACUAGAAGAGGGCGUGUGUUUGUGUGUACAGCAUACACCAUCAAGACAAUACGGUGUGGGUUUCUGGAGAGCAGACCUUGUCGACAGUUCAGUGUGUGUGCUAGUCUGAAUGAUCUUGACCAUAUAAGGAAGGUGGAGACAGAAGCACCAAAAGUGUUGUUAUUGGAUUCAUCACAUGACUUGUGGGUGUGGUUACCUACAGUACGAGGCCACACCCCCAUCCUCCUGCCCGGACUGGCCAGACUCAAAGUGUUGCAGUUCUCACUUGGUCGUCAUCUCUCUAUAGUAUCCAGACAGGGGGAGGUGUUGAGUGGCCUGGCUGCACUCUCUAAGGGACCACUCUCACUUGAGAGAUUGCCUGGACUACACAAUGCCAGAGCUAUCUUCACUGACUUCAAGUCCAACAACUUCACCUUCACACAGGAACUGUACAGAUCUCCACACCAGCCGACAGUAUCCCCUGGCACUCUGGUGGAGGACCUGGUUGAGCUCCUCGACACUCUCUCCCACUCUGUGGCUGACUUGGAGAUCAAGGCUGGAGGGCAGAUAUUUCGUUGCCAUCGCGUCAUUGUUGGCUCUGUUAGUUCCAAGGCAGCUUCCCUGGUAGCCAGUGAUCACCUCCUGUCCCUCUCAUGUCAUCAGACAGUCAUCGUGAAGGCCUUCCUACGCUAUCUGUAUGGUAGUCACCUCCAACUACACCCCCCUACACUAGUCCCACUCGACACCCCUACACUAGCCAGCCCUGCUCUGAGUGAUGAGGCUACUCCUGACACCUCCUUCAAUGAAGACGACCUCACUGAUCUCUACGAUACCUUCACUCAACCUCAUAAGUCAGCAAUGAUGGACGAGCUACAGGCCCCUGUUCGUGUGAGCACGCCCAGGAAGAAGGGGAAACCCCCACUACAGCCAGAGAGGGGUGUGGCAUGUACGCUACAGCUGGUAGACACCAGAGCUGACCUCAAGGCACUACUAACUCUGGCCAGUCAGUUUGGCCUGGAGCACUUACACACAAGUAUUAAGGAACUGCUGAGUGGUGGUAGACUUCUCAACAAGCCUCACCUACUACACUGUCAUAUACCUCGUCUUAGUCCCUCCCCCUUGUACUCUGACCUUGUCCUGGUGAGCGAGGAAGGCUCCACCCACCCGUGUCACCGCUGUGUGUUAGUGGCUCGCUCAGACUACUUUAGGAGUAUGUUGCUCAUGGGUUGGAGUGAGUCUUGUGAUGGAGUGGAGAGUCUACAGUUACCAGUGGAGGAAGAGGUACUCAAAGCUAUCCUGCAGUUCAUAUACUCUGACACUUGCCCAUCAAUAGAGAAUAAUGAUUGUGUGAAGUGGCUGGUGAGGGUGUUGAUAGUGGCAGACCAACUGCUCCUCUUCAGACUGAAGGAUCUCUGUCAACUCUCCCUCUCCUCCUCACUGACCCUGAGGAAUGUUCCUGAGCUACUGGAGAUAGCAGACACCUACUCUGCCUCUCAACUCAAGAGCUCCUGUCUUCAGUUCAUCUGUGUCAAUGCAGCAGCUCUCCUGGAGGCACGACUAUUGGAUGGGUUGGAUCACACUUUACUGGACGCCCUCUCCUCUGCUUAUCAGAGCAUGGCUCCAUGUGUAACCAAGAGAGCUAUCAAGUUAUCAGAGCCACCAUUGGAUAGCCUCCCAGAUAGCUACUUCCUGGAGGACGAUGGGUCAAAGGUCAAUGAAGAACCCAAGGAACAGGGACCAAUCAGUGAGCCUCGGAGCUCAGGAGGUCGUAAGAAGAGACGACGUAAGGGCAGUCAGAGUGAGAACAAGAGAGUGGAGUCCCCACCUCCACACUUGGCCACACCCCCUCCUCCACACCUGACCACACCCCCUCCUUUACACCUGGCCACACCCCCUCCUCAAGCGGCCAGUCAGACAACUCCAAUAGCAUCCAAUCAAAGUGCCAAAACUACCCCACAAUCGUCCAAUCAGAUUAAGGCCAACGGUACUCCACAAUCGUCCAAUCAGAAGGCCAACAAUACUCCACAAUCGUCCAAUCAGAAGUCUAGGAAGUGUGUGUUGAAGGAGCGAGGUGUUCGCACUAGACUAGCCUGGAGGUUCAAUGAGAGUCCAUCAGUUGAGGGGGCGGAAGUGUGGGGAAAGCCCCUCUCAUCAGUGGAGGGGGCGGCAGUGUGGGGGGAACCCCUCUCAUCGAACAGUAGUAAGAGUCUCCGGGAGAUCAUGGCAAGAGAGGAGGAACACACACAACAGGAGGUGACGAAACAGAAGUCUUCAAGUGUGCUCAUAUCUCAAGGGGACAGUCCCCUCCCCCCUCCACAUGCCCACUCCCCCGUCAACCCAUGGAGUUGCAAUAGUUCCCCUCCUCCACGUGUGUCCCUGAGACAACUCAUGGCAGAGGCAGAGACUGCUGCUCAGAGGAGACAGGCCGAGACUGCUGCUCAGAGACAGGCCCAGUGUGUAGUACCACAACAGCAGAUCAGAGGAGGUGAACAGCUACCACCAGUCAAAGUGCAGCAUCAGCAAGUUUCAUUUUCCUCUGUUGUUCACUCUCAAAAGAUGGAACAAGACCAGCAAAGACUGACGGUGAGGAAACCACUCAAAGUGAUACAGAUUGAAGAGAGAGCUAUCUCAGAACUGGAGGAGUUGUAUUCUGCUCGUGACAAUCCUGAUGAGUAUAUAACUGUCACAGCACUCAGCUCUUCUAGACCUCAUGCACACUGGGACAAUGUCAACAGCAGGUAGAUUAGCUUUAUUUAUCAGCGUAUAGCACUCAUCCCAUUUACACCUUUGUGCAAAAUAAUUUUACAAUAAUAAUUGAUUGUUAACAUUCCAUAA